CUGGAAAACGUUGAAGACCCCUGCUCUAAAUCAGAAAUCUGGGUUGUGUUAAAGCUUUUACUUUGAAAACCAAGACACAAAGCCGGAAAUCGGAACCACUAUGACGUCAUCACUAAAGUUUUCCACCUUUCGGCGGGUGAUUUGGCAGACUUAAAAGAACGUAAACUAGUCGUAGGCAUUGUAGCUUUACCAAUACUACUGAUACAAGUCUCAGUUCUCUAGACUUUGUAUGUAGCAUUAAACGUUCGAAUAAGUUUACUACGCUAUGCUAACGUGCUGUUAGCUUAAUCGAGUGUGUUGGUGACGUCGCUAGCAUGUCGCUCAGUCUGAGCGCCGUCCAUGGAACACUGGUCAGCCUCAAGUCCUGUCAGGCCGAUCUCUUGACUGGGAUGGACAUCGUCACGUCAGUGGCCAUGGACCUGGCAGAGGACCAGGAUGAAGGGAGGAACCCCGGCAUUGACGAGAUGAAGGAGCUCCUGUUGGAAUGUGCCAAGCUGGAUCGAGAGAUUGACUGCUUUGUUGACAUUGUGCAACAAUCCACAGCGGAUAUUACUGCACAGCAACCAGAAACUAUGUUUGGUCUCUCCUCCAAAGUGAAGGAACGCUUUAGUGAGAGAAAAGCCAGGCUGUCUGAGAGAGAUCUGCAGAAUCACAGAAAAGUGGUGGCUUUUAAGGAUAGCAUCAAUAGCUGUUUCGACCAAGACAGCCAAGAACCAAAAAACAUGGAGGAGCUUGAUGAGGAUAUUGCUGUAACACAGACCCAAGCAAACUUUACCUGCCCUCUCACUCAGGAGCACAUGAUCAACCCUGUGAAGAAUAAGAUUUGCAACCACCACUAUGAAGAAACUGCCAUCAGGAGCCUCAUUGAAACAAGAAAAAAAAAUAAGAAGAGAUGUUUCUGCCCUGUGGUGGGCUGUGGAAACAUGGAGGUGACUCUGUCAGACCUGGUACCUGACCACACCCUGAAGAGACAGAUCCAGAAGGAGCAGAGGCAGGGUAACUGACUGCACCACUAGAGGGCGACAUCUGCAUGAUGACAGCAAUGGCGUAGUGGCACAUUUCUUUUGAUUCUUGAAGAGUGGCAGAAGAAGACAGAAAUGAGGCUAAUAGGACACUUGUGAACAUUGACAGCAGAGUGGUGAGUGGCUAUGAAAGAAAAGGCCCAACAUAUUUCUGAUGGAUUUGUUCUAUUUAAUUGUAGGAAGGCUGGUAUAAGAAUGUGAUUAUUUGCCAUAUUUAAAAAACAAUGUUACAUUGUGCACACACAUGCAUUAUACAGUAUGUGGUCAGAUUCCUCCCAGCCUCAUUAGGGUCUAUGUGCCAAAGAGUAACAAACAAAGGCUAUGUUGAGAUACAACUUAGGCGAAGCUAAUCUUUUAAUAUUCUUACAUGAGGCAUUUUAAGGGUCUUUUCUUGUGCUUUGCACAGCACUAGGAGUAUUUCACUUAAGAUUUGAUGUUGCUGAUUCAUUCAUUUCUCUGAACUUUAUCUGAAUGUAAUCGUAUUUGUACAGACAGGAUGUUCUCGCGCUGUACAGACCAAAAUAUUUUAUUUUCUCGCAGAAUCUUAGUCUGACCAAGACAUGUUAGGAAACUAUCCUAACUGACAUUUUUCAUCAAUCCAUUUUCUACUGCAUCAAACAGGCUAAAUCCAAUGUAGGUCAGGAUACACAGGAUAAAAGCUAUCUUUUUUUUUUUUUAAGUUCCUCUUUUAACCUUUUGAUGUUGCUAUACACUUUUUUUUAAAUAACAUUUAAAUUGUCUGCUGUUUCUCUUCUCCCCUCUGUAACACUUUGAGAUUCUAGACAUAAAAAGUGUGUUAUAGAUAAAAUGUUUGAGCAAAAACAAAUCCCACUUUUCUGCUUUGUGUUACAGUUGAUAAAGGAACGCAUUAUGGGACAUAUUGUAAUACUCAAUAUUUGUAUACAAAUUUACCUCCCAUCAUUGGAUUUUGAUAGAUUUAGGAGCAUUAUGACAUAACUUUUUCCUCCAAGUACAACCAUAAUGACCAACAUUAAAGCACAGUAGCGUGGUAGGUGUAAAUAUUCAUCAUAAAGUUAAAGUUAAGUUAAAGUACCAAUGAUUGUCACACACACACUAGGUGUGGUGAAAUUUGUCCUCUGCAUUUGACCCAUCCCCUUGGUGAGCAGUGGGCAGCAGCGGCGCCGCGCCCGGGAAUCAUUUUGGUGAAACAAGGCAGACGUUUUAUUAAACAGAUUUAAUAUUUUGGCCACUGUAACAUUACACGCCGUUGAACAGUAACACUGUGUUUAAACAUUAAAUGAAGUGAUUCUUUGGUGUGUCUAUCUGUGUUGGCCCUGCGAUGAGGUGGCGACUUGUCCAGGGUGUACCCUGCUUUCCGCCCGAAUGCAGUUGAGAUAGGCCCCAGCACCCACCGUGACCCCAAAAGGGACAAACGGUAGAAAAUGUAUGGAUUCUUUGGCGUACCACUAGUAGUACACGUACAACAGCUUUUCUGUCCAUUAUUGUCUUGCAACGAAACUUCUGCAUGUCUUUA